AUGCGAGUGUGGGGUCCGAGGCCGACAGUGGCCGCCCGCCCGCCCGCCAGCUCAGCCGGCAGCGCCGCCUCCGCCGCCCACUCUCGCUCUGCGGUGCUCAAGUACUGCGACCACCUCCAUGGCAAGUGGUACUUCUCGGAGGUGCGAGCCAUCUUCUCGCGCCGGUACCUGCUGCAGAAUGUCGCCAUCGAAAUCUUCCUCGCCAGCAGAACGUCCAUCAUGUUCGCAUUUCCGGACCAGGCGACGGUCAAAAAGGUGAUCAAGGCGCUGCCCAGGGUCGGAGUUGGCAUCAAGUACGGCAUCCCGCAGACCAGACGGGCCUCCAUGAUGUCGCCGCGCCAGCUGAUGCGCAAUUCGAACAUGACGCAGAAGUGGCAGCGGCGGGAGAUCUCCAACUUCGAGUACCUCAUGUUCCUCAACACCAUCGCCGGGCGUACAUACAAUGACCUCAACCAGUACCCCGUGUUCCCGUGGGUGCUCACCAACUAUGAGACAAAGGAGUUGGACCUGAGUCUCCCUAGUAACUAUCGCGACCUCUCCAAGCCAAUUGGAGCUCUGAAUCCCAGCCGCAGAGCUUACUUUGAGGAGCGCUAUGCUAGCUGGGAGCACGAGUCCAUCCCACCGUUCCAUUACGGCACACAUUACUCCACUGCUGCAUUCGUACUCAAUUGGCUCAUCCGUGUGGAACCAAUGACGACAAUGUUUCUGGCACUCCAAGGUGGAAAAUUUGAUCAUCCUAACAGGCUGUUUUCAUCACUGGCACUAUCCUGGAAGAACUGUCAGAGGGACACCUCUGAUGUAAAGGAACUCAUACCAGAGUUUUUCUUCCUUCCGGAAAUGCUAGUGAAUGCGAAUCGCUAUAGACUGGGCCAGCAAGAAGAUGGCACAGCUGUAGGAGAUGUAGAACUGCCUCCCUGGGCUUCAUCUCCUGAAGAAUUUGUUCGUAUCAACAGAAUGGCCUUGGAAUCUGAAUUUGUGUCCUGCCAAUUGCACCAGUGGAUUGACCUCAUUUUUGGAUAUAAACAGAGAGGCCCUGAAGCUGUCAGAGCAACAAAUGUCUUUUACUACUUGACAUAUGAAGGAAGUGUGGACAUGGACAGUAUUAGUGAUCCAGUAAUGAAAGAGGCCAUUGAAAAUCAGAUUCGUAAUUUUGGCCAGACACCUUCGCAGCUUCUAAUGGAGCCACAUCCUCCUAGGAGUUCUGCAAUGCAUCUGUCUCCAAUGAUGUUCUCCAGCAUCCCAGAAGAUGUCUGCAUGACAAUGAAAUUUCCAUCUAACUCACCUAUUUGUCACAUUUCGGCAAAUACAUAUCCCCAGUUGCCACUUCCGUCCGUUGUCACUGUGACUGCAAACCAGCAGUUUGCACUAAACAAGUGGAACACUAGCUAUGCAGCAUCUGUUCAGUCCCCGAGCUACGCUGAGACUCCACAGACACCCACAGCAAAUCUUCCACUGUCGAUGGACCCUGUACUUUCACAAUCAGGCAGCAGUUCAAAUCCAGCCAUGAGAAGACAUCUUGGUGAUAACUUCAGCCAAAAGAUACGGAUACGUUCCAACUGCUUUGUGACAACAGUAGACAGCCGUUUUCUUGUUGCUUGUGGUUUCUGGGACAACAGCUUCAGAGUGUUCUCUACUGAGACUGCAAAGAUAGUUCAAAUAAUUUUUGGUCACUACGGUGUAGUUACGUGUCUCUCACGCUCCGAGUGCAAUAUUACGUCAGACUGCUAUAUAGCAUCAGGCUCAGCUGACUGCACAGUAUUGCUGUGGCACUGGAAUGCACGAACGCAAACCAUUGUCGGGGAAGGUGAAACACCCACGCCACGCGCCACUCUCACAGGCCACGAGCAGCCCGUCACCAGUGUCGUCAUUUCUGCCGAGCUCGGACUCGUAGUAUCAGGUUCGACAAAUGGCCCUGUUCUUGUUCAUACAACAUUUGGAGAUCUUCUAAGGUCUUUGGACCCUCCUUCAGGAUUCCAGUCUCCAGAGAACAUAGCUAUGUCUCGAGAGGGUGUUAUAGUUGUCAACUACGAACGAGGACACAUAGCUGCAUUUACAAUAAAUGGAAAGAGACUUCGUCAUGAAUCACAUAAUGACAACCUACAGUGUCUGCUUCUGAGCCGUGAUGGAGAGUACCUCAUGACAGGAGGAGACAAAGGAAUUGUGGAAGUGUGGCGCACAUUCAAUUUGGCCCUCCUGUACGCAUUCCCAGCAUGUGAUAGCAGCGUUCGCUCCAUAGCUCUUUCGCAUGAUCAGAAGUUCUUAUUGGCUGGCCUUGCAACUGGAUCCAUAGUGGUGUUUCAUAUUGAUUUUAAUAGAUGGCAUCACGAAUUCCAGCAGAGAUACUGAAAGGAACCUUUGUAUUGUGCUCAUUUACUUCUGAAAAUGUGGUGUUCCACAUUUAGCUGAAAAGCCUGUGGAAAUGAAAUUCUACUUCAUUUGUUGUUAUAUGGUGCAAAAUGCAUAAAUUUGUUGAAUGGUUAAGAUAGAAAUAUUUUUGAAAUGUGUGAUGCAUGGAAUCUAUAAAAGUAUUCCCAAUGGUGUGCUUCAGACAGUUCAUCCAGUGAUCUAUUUGUAUCACAGGGAUAAUUUUGCAAGAAUUUUUAUAUAAUGAUUUUGUAGCAACAUGUCAGUUCUGUUAGAAUGUUUACACCAAUUUAUAUGUGUUCAGUAUGGAAACUAUGUGUAUUAUAAACUUUGCAUCUGAGAUGGAAAUGUGUGUGUAGGUGCAUAUUGGUUUCAACACAAGGGAAUUUACCUUCCUGUUAUAUGACAUGUUGUCAGUCAUUUUACAUUUUCAAGGUAACGUAAACAGAGAAGAUACUAUUUUCAUUUACAGUUGAGUUCCUAAGCAUUAUAUAUUUUGAAUUUGAAUUGGAGUUGCAGUAUAAUGUUCACUAAGGUAUGGCAAAACCAUAUACAGAAAAAAAUAUUCUCUGGAACAUGUACAAAAGUAUUAAAUUCUGUUUCACAUUCUGUUGAGAGCAACAUUAACUGUAAAAAGAAAAGAAAAAGUGAAAAAAAGAAAAAAAUGCUGAGUUAUAAGAUGUAGUGUUUGUGAAGCAAGUAGAAUGUGCAGUAGUGUAUUGAUACAAAAAUUCAAUUUUUGCCAGUUUCUGAUCAUGUGUCAUUAUUUGCUAAGAAACUGGGGAAUAAAAAAGCCAUACCGAUGAAGAGAAAUGUAACAAUAAAUUUAUUUUAGGUAAUUUGAAAUUUUUAAUACAUUUCUGUGAAGCUUUGGCUUUAAGUAUGUGUUUACACAUGAAGUGAACCAUUCAUUGUGUUUAAAGGAAGGCAAUUACAUUUGCGAAUGCUGAGACAUUGCUGUUUGAUUGUGAUUAUAUUAUGCUUGAAAUUGGACUGUACAAAUAUUAGCUAAUGCAGCUUUGUCCAAUGUUUCAUAUAAAAUAUUGUGAUACAGAACAUUGACAGAAUCGAGUAUUUUAUUGUCUGUACAUUCCAAGUGCUGUGAUUAUUUUCUUUACUCUUAGCUAAGGAAGAGAAACUGUGCUACAGCGGUUACAUGUCAUAGCAACUAUGUAAAUCUGUACAUAUUUCAAAUUUUGCAAGUACUUAAAUGAUGUCACACCAUAGAAAUAAGUGAAUUCAAUUACUAAGUUAACUUGAAUGCGUUUUCAGUUUGUUAAACAGGGGAGAACAUGUUUUAAAGAUUCUGAAACACUUUUUUUUUUAAUUUAUUAGUGAUAUGAUAGAGAUAUUGUGGCACAAUAAUUUCUGGGAUGGAACUGUUGGUAAAUACUACUCUGAGUACUGUACUUAAGACCACAUCACCUCGAGUUAUGACUAGCUUUACUUUUUACUCCUAUUCUCUCUCCAAAGUGUGUUUUUUUUUUUUUUUUUUUUUCACCAUUCCUCAACUAUCUUGUCAGUUGUCAUUCUGAAAGUAUUCUGCCAUUAAAUUUGCUUUUCUAAUGUGUUCACAUCUUGGUGGUUGGAUUGAUAUUUCAAUUGUGGUUAUGGGGUUUGUGCACCAGUGGUUUUAGAAUAAAAAAUGUAGUUGUAGUGUACUAAACACUAGUAGUGUGAAUUCCAUUUUUAGGAAAACAACAGCUGCCAAAUUUUGUAUCUCUUCCCAGAUUCUUGGAAGAAAUCUUGUUGUAUUGUUCUACAUAACUAACUGCCUCUGCUUUUCAAAGUUCAGAAAGAAAAACCUCUGCAAAGAAAUUCAUUGUUCCCAUGUUAUUAUUAAUUUUAAAGUAUUUGAAACAGUACUUAAUUGUAUUUUGUACAUUGUAAUGUGUUGUGAGAAGUCAACUAAAAUAUGUACUUAAUUUAAAAAUUAGUUUCUUUAGUUUGUUGUAGAUGCAGUAGAAAAUUUUAUGAAAUUGUAAAAACUUUCACAAUGAGUAUAAUUUGGUAUUAGGUUUGGUGAGUGGACAGUGUGUUUGUUAUAUGAUUUAUAAUGAUAAAAUGUAGCAAGACUAAAUUCUUUGCCCUAGCAAGCAACUAAACAGUGAGAAAAGAGAUGGAGACAUCUUAAUUUAAAAGCAACACACUUCUUUACUCUCCAGAUCUAAUAAGGCAUUUGCUCAGUAACUUGAUAUAAAUGAAUAAAAUAUGAUUCAAAUAU